UUCCACAGAGAAAGGACCAAAGAGUGUUAGAAUAUUUAGCGGGUGACACAUACGGCAUAGACGCCUUUGAUUUUGAGACGUUGAAGAAGAAGACAAAGAUGGCCAAACCCUCCAUUGAUAUCCCAGAGAGCUUCGCUUCCACAGCUAAAAUUUCAGGGGGCAUUUCUCAGAAAGACGUAAACAAUGUGCUGCUUUUUCUCAUAGGCGUGGGGGUCUCAGGCCAUGUCCCAGAUCAAUUCGAUGCUAAAAAAGAUUCCUACUCUGACCUCGUUCGUGACCUCCUCGAGCCCCUACACAUCUCACGCGGCCAUGUCACCUGCCUUGUCUCUGUGAAACCUGCUGUUAUUAAUUUCUUUGCAGGAUUUCAUGGGGGAGCUGUUGCUGCUGUUGCUGAGGCUGUGUCCAUAGCUUGUGCUAGAACAGUCGUGGCUAAGGAUAAGGAGAUUUUUCUAGGGGAACUAAGCAUCUCUUACCUCGCCAGCGCAAAAAAGAAUGCAGAGGUGAUAGUUGAUGCAUCUGUUAUGCGAAGUGGAAGAAAUCUGAGUGUGAUAGCGCUAGAGUUCAAACUCAAGAAAACUGGGGACUUGAUUUACACAGCUCGUGCCACCUUCUAUCACAUGCCUGCUGCGAAAUUAUAGAUUUGGACCUUAAAUGUUUCUGUAUUUAGGUCCAAGUUCUAUGGCACAUCUUAUUAUCAUUUUUUGUGACCGCCACUCACUGGCUCGAUAUAUUAUGACAAUAUGUAUAGUCACUUUGAAAUAAGAUCCUUCAAUAAGAAUUGUGCAUCUCA